CCUCUCGACAAGUCACACUCGCGCAAUGCUUUCAAGCAUUUCCUUGCGCAAGGGAAGCAACCUAUACAGUUCUCGCCGCAAGCCCAUCAUGACUCUUGUCGAUGACACGACCCCAGGUAUCCACGACUUGCUAUUCCCCGCUUGCGAUGCUGAGCGCUAUCGCCAAUUGGGUGCUAUGGGGUAUCAUGAUAGUUGCCACGAUAACAUGCACAAAGCACUCAGAGAGUUCCCCGAGAUCAAGGUCAGAGACGAUUGGGUCCCCGAUCCGCUGAACUUGUUUAUGAAUGUGGCUGUGGAUCAUCAUGGUGGAAUUGAUAUUCGUGCUCCCACCAGCGACAAGGGUCAAUAUGUCAUUCUGAGAGCCGAGGCCGACCUUGUUGUCGUCAUGAGUGCGUGCCCUCAAGAUAUGGUUAAUGUUAACGGGGACGGGCCUGCCGAUUGCGAGUAUCGUGUGAUUGAGGAAUCCCGAUAAGGUCCGAUGUUGCGACAAGGUUGGCCUCGAGUCGUUAUUGUGUGUGGUCGGUGGGCGGCAGUUUUCAUGCCUAGAGGCGGUUUAUGGUCCCCAACAAGAUUACGCAUGCUUCAUUUUGUUACUGAGAUACAAGGCUAACUUCUAAUCAACCCAACUUGUCUUGCUAUACC